UGACUUUAGUUCUAAUAAGAGCAAAUACAAAACCCAGUAUGAUUUGAUAUCGGGGCAGUUUAAGAGCAGGUAACAGUGUUGAUAGUUUACAUCAGGGUUAGAUAUGAGUGCAAGUGAAAUACAAAACACUACAGCUUGGAUUAAGUGCAGGAUUAAAUACAGUAUAACAUAUUAAAUACAGUAUCUAGCUCGCUCUCGCUCUCUCUCUCCCAUCGUAUAUAUUUCAAACUUCAAUGUAUGUAUAUUGAAAUGGAUAUAUUUUCCUGUUUGGCACCACAAAAUACACAUUCCCCUGUGUGUAGGGCCUCUGCCCUGUCACACGUCCUCCACAUGUCCAUUCCACGCUUCCGGGAAGGGACAGAGAACUGGUGACGGGACCAGGACGACGUGGAUGGGGCGUUGGGAGUACAGGUUGGUGAGCGGACAACUGCAGGCAUAGGUGAGAGCCCCGGUGUGCAGUGACGUCUGGUUUGCCAGGGGGAACAGAACGAGAGACCAGGCGAACAACUGUGCCUGGUGGUGCAGCAACCUGGAAACUAGUCCUAGCGACCAGAGGUCCAGACACAAAGGUCGGGUGUCAGGGAGCAUGGGUCAAGGGACCUGACGUACCGGUGCCGGACUGGGGCAUGGGGCUGGUGGUCUCUUCACCUCCUCUCCCUUGUUUGUAGUUGGCUUUCAAGACGACGCCGCUUCUCCCUCGAGUUCUGGAGAUGGCAGCUUUGUUUUCUCAUGGUUCUCAAAUAUUUUGUGUGUCCCAUUGUGGUCCAUACUAUGGCUAAAGAAAGAAGUCAGGACAUUCUCAUGCAGAAUCAGUCCCCAGAGCGGCUGGUCAGAUGAUAGCCAGGGUAAGACAGCUGCACAAGGCUCUCUGCUUGCUCCGUGCCUAAACCUUGAGCUGUCGCACGCCUGCCUGUGAUUUAUCAGGCCAUGAAAUACUCAUGCAGAUUUCAGUAAAGAGAAAUUAAGUUAGAGAGAGAGAGAGAGAGAGCGACUAUGGUCUGAUCCUCCGUGUUGGGUUGAUCCAAUGGGAAUAGCACUGAUUUGGUCCUUGAUUGUGGUUUUAAUCAGGUGGAUUACAUUCAAGAGACGUGGGGCAAUCUCCUAUGACAGUUCAGAUCAAACUGCUUUGUACAUUCGUAUGUUAGGGGCUUGUGUAAUAUUCAAACUGCUGUUUUCAAGAGAUGUAAAAGUAAGGAGUCGGGUAGGAUUUGAAACAGAAAGGAGAGGCUCCCAUCCAUACCUAUACGUUGAUUUCCGCAUUUUGCACUCCCGUCCUGAAUCUGUGGGGCCUGUGUCGGCGAGGAAGAUUCGGAGACUGUUAAGUUUUCAGAGAUACCUGCACUCCUCUCGCUUCUUCCGUGGUGUUCCUCCCCAGAACCCUUUAUACAUCUUGGAUGAUGACUAUACUGGUCAAGCAAAGUGUAUGCUGAAAAAAGUUGGAAGUUGGAAUUUUGAUAUAUUUCUUUUUGACAGAUUGACAAAUGGAAACAGCUUGGUCAGCUUGACGUUUCAUUUGUUUAAACAUUAUGGACUUAUUGAAAUCUUCCAUUUAGACAUGGUAAAACUUCGUAGAUUUUUAGUUAUGGUUCAAGAAGACUACCACAGUCAAAACCCUUACCACAAUGCAGUCCAUGCUGCUGACGUGACUCAGGCCAUGCACUGUUACUUAAAAGAGCCCAAGCUUGCCAAAUCUCUCACCUCAUGGGAUGUCCUGCUAGGUCUUUUGGCAGCUACAACACAUGACUUGGAUCAUCCAGGUGUUAAUCAGCAUUUUCUCAUAAAAACUAACCAUUACUUAGCAACUUUGUACAAGAAUACCUCAGUUUUAGAAAAUCACCACUGGAGGUCAGCUGUGGGCCUGCUUCGAGAGUCAGGGUUAUUUGCACACCUUCCCCUGGAAGACAGGCUGGGAAUGGAGAGACAGUUGGGUUCCCUCAUUCUAGCCACUGACAUCAGCCGACAGAAUGAAUACUUGUUGCAGUUCAGAACCCAUUUGGAUCGGGAAGACCUAUGUUUAGACGAUGCUGGUCAUCGACAUUUUAUUCUUCAGAUGGCACUCAAGUGUGCUGAUAUUUGUAACCCAUGCAGGACCUGGAAACUGAGUAAGCAGUGGAGUGAGAAAGUGACUGAGGAAUUCUUCCAUCAAGGUGACAUUGAAAAGGAACAUAAACUAGAUGUAAGCCCACUGUGUGACAGCCAAACACAAACUAUUGAAAAUAUUCAAAUGGGUUUCAUGACUUAUGUGGUGGAGCCCCUGUUUGUGGAGUGGGCUCGGUUCUCGGACACCAGGCUCUCUCAGACGAUGCUCGGCUACCUUGCACUGAACAAAGCUGGCUGGAGGGGAAUGGUACAGGACCAGGCGAGCAGUGGGGACGACACUGAUCCUACCUUAGAAGAGACUGACUCAGACAUUUUACCUCAGGAAAGCCGAGAAUUAUGACCCCUUCUCCCAGAUCUCACAUACAGUACAGUAAGCUUGACCUGAUGUAAGUGAAAGGGGUCAAAAGCUAUGGGAAAGGGGAACGGAACCUGACUCCACUCCAACUACCAUGGUUGCCUGGAAAACCAUACCAGAAAGGAAUUAAAUUACAUGCUUUUUUUCUGAUUUAACGUCCCCCACCUCCUCUAAAACAACGGUGUGGUGUUUUUAUUUUGUAGUUUCACCCCCUUCCUUAACAUAAAGCAAUACAUAGAUACCUCAUUUGGCUUUUUAUUGUUUUUUUCUUUUUUUGCCUAAUUAUCUUAAACACAUCAUUCUUGAAAGGGAACAGUACAGGAAGAUUACUUUUGUUCUGGUAAAGUGCCAAUUGAACACUUUUUCAUUUGUGUUAUUGCUGUUAUGUAUUAUUAUUAUUAUUAUUAUUAUUAUUAUUUCUUAAACACUGAUUUAAAAAAAAAAAAAUAAAAAAAAAUAAUCUAAGUAUUGGGGGUUUCUUCAAAAUUGUACACAGAGAACCCAAGUGCAGUAAUGCAUUUUAAGCUUCCUUUUUAUUAUAAAAUCUAGACAAGAUGUGAAAAGCCCACUCCUUUUGCUGCCUCCAUGAAGACUGUUUACAAAUGUUGUGUUGUUGUGUUUUUUUUUUUUUGUUUGUUUUUUGUAAAGUUGGUUCUAUAACUUGCAUUGAAGCACAGGUGUGAAGAACCACUUAAAUAGGAAUUUUGUCCUAUUGCUGAAAGAACAAAAUUCAGGCUGCAGCUCUAACAAACACUCUGGAUGCCACAAAAGCCUCCAGUUCUCAAUAGUGUUGCACUGUGACUUGAUUCUACCAUAUUUGAUAUACUAAGCAGCUCAACCUACAGUCCAGUAGAGGUUGGAACAUGUGACUUCUUUGAACUUUGCCUUUUUCAUCUGGACUUUUUGAACUGUUUGGGAAGCUGUCAUCGUAAAAAUCUGUGGAUCUUUCAACGAUGGCAAAGCACGUGGUUAUUAUGCUCCUUACACUUGAACAGCUCUUUCAUGUGAGAAAAAGACAAAAUUUAUAUAUAUAUAUAUAUAUAUAUAUAUAUAUAUAUAUAUAUAUAUAUAUAUAUAUAUAUAUAUAUAUAAAAAUUAGCUCAGGUUAUUUGCCAAUUUAUCUGGAGGAAACUAAGGGAAGGCAGGUACCUUAAAACCUGUCCCCUUUCAACGCAAGAAAAAUAAAUACGUUUUAUUGAAAACAUUGCCUGAGUGACAAUUUCAAUGAACAGCCACAUUGAAAAUGCAAACUGUGAGACAUUUUCUACAGAUGCCUUAAAACUAUGCAUAAAGCUAAGUGACCAAACCAUUUUUUCCUUUCAUGAAGUGGUGCAUUGUUUUUUAGUCUUCUCUCUCUUUUUUUAUUGCAUUGUCAAACUGUUGGCCUUGGUGUGAUGAUGAUGUUGUUGUUUUUGUUAAAUUGAAUAACGAUUUAUUUUAACUUCAACAUUCCAUUUUGUUCAUUAUUUCUAUUGUUUUGAUUUUGUACAGUAAGCACAAUUGUAUUGGUUUUGUUUGAAUGAAAACAGGUGCUUUUCUUAAUUUGUAUUUCCUUGUUAUUACUGUGAAAGACUGUUUUGAUAAUCCUGUUUACAAUUUAUUGUGACAGCCUUUUUGGGGAGAAGACUUCAGUGUGAAGCUAUUUGGAAAGGCUUUGUUGUAUUCACCUUUCUAUACGUGCCUGUUGCAGUUGUAUUUUGAUGAAUAAACAAGUUGGCAUAUGUUUGCACCAAUGUAGCAGCAAUCUAGUCUUGUGAAUAUUGGGUUACAAUGCAAGAGCUCAAUUAAAAAUAAAUAAAAACAGCACUUUUAAAUUUAA